UAGAUGGUUCCGGACUUUUCUAUUAAGUUAUAUACAGGCCAUCCGAGGCUCGUACAGACCGUUGAAAAAUUAUGUUAGUAAAAUAUUUAAUUGUAGUUUUAUUGACUUAGAUCAUGAAUAUCUUAACUCUUUGCGAGAAAUGAUUGGAUCCAAAUCUUUCAAUGUCUUGUUCAGAUCUUUUUCUGUCUCUGCGAGUAAGUUUUCAUCCUUUAAUGGACGAGCUACUAGAAAAACCCUUGCAGAUAUAAGCAAAUUAUAUACUUCCAAGCAACCUAUAUCCAUGGUGACAUCUCAUGAUUUCAUAACGUCAAGAAUGGUGGAUAGUGCUGAUAUAGAUAUAAAUCUUAUUGGAGAUUCAUUAGCAAAUACAACUUUAGGUUUAGAAGAUACAAAUGAGUUAGAGCUUGAAGAGUUUUUAUAUCAUGUCAAAUCUGUCAGAAGAGGUAAUGAGUCAUCUCUAUUAAUUGCUGAUUUACCAUUCGGAACAUAUGAGCUCAGUCCAGAGCAAGCUUUAGAGACCUCUAUUAAGUUAAUCAAAUAUGGAAGAAUCCAGGGGGUUAAAUUAGAAGGUGGGAGUGAAGUGAUUCUUCCUACUAUUAAGAAGCUAGUUGAUGUUGGAAUUCCAGUAAUGGGACAUGUUGGAUUGACUCCACAGAAACAUAACGCAUUAGGAGGAUAUAAAUUACAAGGUACAUCCAUUGAAAGUGCAGUCCAAGUAUAUCAAGAAUGUUUAAAUAUUGAAAAAGCAGGGGCAUUUGCUAUUGUAUUAGAAUGUAUACCCAACAAGUUGGCAGAAUACAUCACUGAUAAAUUGUCCAUACCAACAAUAGGAAUUGGAGCUGGACCUGGAACUUCUGGUCAAGUAUUGGUAGUUUCAGAUCUCUUAGGAAUGAAAAAUCCUGAUGAAAAUCAUAUUGCAAAAUUUGUAAAGCAUUAUGAAACUUUUUACCCUAAGGGAGUACAGGCUCUUUCUGAAUAUCGUGAUGAUGUAAAGCUGAAACAAUUUCCUUUAGCUGAUGAUCAUGGUUACAAAAUCAAACGAGAUGUAUUUGAAGAGUUUAAAAAACAGGCUAAUUUAAUCAAAUAAUUUGAUGAAUAACUUAAUUGUAUACGACGAAUACGAACCAUUAGUUUAUAGAUUAUCAAUAUAGACUCCAACUAAUAUACUAAUUCUAUCUAAAAUUGGAAAAAAAAUGACACUGUAUAUUUGAGAUCUGAAAGCGUUCCUAAUAUUUUGCAAUUAGAAUUCCUGCAUAUUACACUUGAC